AUGAGGCAGCUGAUAGAACCAAAUGCUGCGGCUUCACGAAGACCGUCAACAUUUGAUCCGGAGGUGUUGGCUCAUCACAACUCACCUCCACACUGGGCGCCAAGUAGUAGUGUACCCGGGGAACAGACGACAUCAACUACAACCGGUACAAGAACCUCUUUCUCGGGACCAUCUCCAUUCUCUUCCCUGUGUCUUUCCGUACUAGCAGCCACUCCCCAACCCAGGAUGAUCAAUGCGAGAAUUGCGAUGACAGUAGACGCUCCAAGUAUUCGAACAGAGAAUAUCCGAUAUUUUCCGAAAAAGGGAAAAGCUCCCAAAAAACAAAAAGAAAUCCCGGUUGUCUUGGUUCAAAUCUCAAAUGGUUUAAUUUUUCACCGGCGAGUGGAAACCAUUAAUCAGCCCCGCGUUUGGGAAGUGAGUGCUUUGGUAGAGCAAGGAGUGAAAAAUGGGAUUCAUGGCGAGAAGUAG